AUGUGUGUGAGAGAAACAGAGAUAAACACAUAUACAUUGCAAGGUAAUCCUAUUAAACUGUUUUGUUUCGCGUGUGUGCGCAGCGAACGGGUACGUGCUGUUCCUGCAGCGCGCCAAGGACGCCCGCCGCGUGUACGCCACUGUGGUGAACGCGGCCGUCAACUGCGACGGCUUCAAGGAGCAGGGCAUCACCUGAUGCGCGACACGUGCCGAGACGCCGGCGAUAGACGGGACAGAUGGCACGGUCGACUCGGCGGCGAGGCGACAUUUUUUAUGCCCGUCUCGGCGGGCGUUCGUGUAGUCAGUGAUGACGCAUCUCCGGCGCCUGAACACGGGAGCAUUAAGAUAAGGGAAGGAAACCCUGACAGAAAACCAACCAGCUGCCUUGCAGUGAAGAUAGGGAUCCCGAUUGGGCAGAGUGACAAUAAUAUGGGUAAAUAUGGGGCGGGGCGGAGAAAACAAGGAAUGAUAAUGGGAAGCAGAGCCAUGCAGCUCUAUUGUCUCGGCACAGGCACGCUCCGCCCACAUCCGCUAAUUCACAGGGAAAUACGGACACCGCUGUAUCCUAACCCGGCCAUUCAGCAGCACCUGUUCUUCAAACCGCAUGACGCGCGCCCGCCAAUCGCGGAAAAAGAAGAGGGGGAGGGCCAUCAGCUGGGACACGCAAACUCGUUCAUUCCGAUAAGAGGAGACGACAGAGACAUUACCUCAUCGCCACCGCCCGAGUGCAUCAUCGCCACAUCGCGGGCCGCCUCUGGGGUCGCUAACUCAGGACUGUGCCCGACCGCGAACCCAGAACUGGCGGGCCGAGGCGCAACCACCGCAGCCGCAAACUCGUUAAGUGAAGUCAUAGGUUUCCUCGGCCGGAUUCAUGUGAAUGAUCUUGACUGCUGUGUUGCGGUCUUUUCUCCGGCCCUCUUAUCGUGGUCUUCCUCAGGGCUGCGCUUGCGUGUAUAUAUGGGCGCAGCGCGUGAUGGAACGCCGUGGAAUGGUACGUCGGCCGGGGUCGAUGACGGCCCGCCCGUGGCAAGGCCGCUAGGCAUCGGAGGGCUGGUGGCGGUCAACUCGUUCGGCUUCGGCGGCGCCAACGCCCACGUGCUGUCCGCUGCCUCAUUCGCCGCACAGCCCCACCUCGGAGCACGAAAGAGCUGCGCGUCCUGGUGCUGGCGUCUGGGCGCACGCGCGAGGCGUGGCGCGCCACACGCCAGCGCACCAGGGGCUGUGCAGCCAUGCACGCCCUGCACGAAACACACGCGGGGCCAAUUUACCGGCGGCUUCGUGGUGGCAGGGGAACGCUUCGGCACGGAAAAAGCACGGCACCGCCACGCGCCGCGACCGCGGCCCGUGUGGUUCGUUGGCCCGCCAUGGGCCGCGCGCUCAUUGCGCCUGCGCUCUUUGCCGGCCAGCCGUGCAGCGCUGGCAACGCCGUGGCUGGCGUCGCGCGCGCGUGACAUCGCCACCGCUGUCACGCCACCGACCGCCGCCGUGCUCGCAACAACUCUGCCUGCUUAUCGUGGGCUCGCCGCGGUGAGGUGGGGGGUGGACCCCGACGUCAUCACGGACACUCGCGGGCGAGCUGGAUGUGCCUAUGCCGAGGCUGCGCUCACCGUGAGCAGACGGUGCUGGGCGGCGUACGACCCAGCUUUCGUGGCGGGCGCCAUGGGGGCCGUGGCGGCCGCUGUGCCUCGCCCGAUCGUGGAUCGUGGCGUGCCACAACGGCCGAUCCGCACCUAUCUCGGGCCCCGCCGCGUCGCUGCGGCUCUCUCGUGGAAGCUCAAGGCGCGGCGGCGGUGUUUGCAAGGAGGUGGUGCGCGGCAUCGCCUACCACAGCGCAUACAUCGCGUUCCGCCGGCGAGCUGCUCCUGCCUCCCUCAAGGAGGUAGGCGCGCUAGCAGAGAGAGCGAGGCGACACACGUUCCGCGUCGCGCGCAGCGCGCGCUGGCUCAGCUCGUCGUGGCGAGGCGCCUGUGCUCGGGCCCGAGUGACUUGACCAAAUAUUCUCCAACUGUUGCUAUUCGAGCCCCUCUCACACGCGUACUGCGAAAACGCCGGUCGCCAUCGAGGUACGCGCGCAAGGCCUGGCCUGCAGGCCAUCCUCAAGCGCGCGCUGGCGUCGCGAUGUGUCAAAGUGCGCUGCUCGACGAGGCGGCGGAAUCUUAA